CAUUGCUAGCAGGCAUUUCCAGAGAUGUAGAAGUUUUUGUUUACUUACAGGAUUGGUGUGGCGAUGGGGUUAACCUUAUUUGUUUAUUUACUUUUUAAUAGAGUGAUGCAUUUUUAAAUCGUAUUGAUUUCUUUAGAUUUUUUAAAUUUUGGGCUCUAAAGUUUGAAAGAAACAAAAUGUCUGAUGAUGAGGAUCUUCUGUAUGUGAAAAAACAGAACACUAUUCACUAUGGCUCUAUCGAGGAACAAGAGCGUUUGCGAUUACAAUCAACCCAACUGGUUCCACCAGGAGAAGAGAGUAUGGAAGAGCUCCCCAGUUCUCCAACAAAUGAUCAAGUUGGAUCUGGUCCUGCAGGAAAUGUCCAUAUUUCUGAUGAGUAUAUGGAUCUGGAAGAUGAAAUGUCCAAAGAUAAGCAAGCUUUAUUGGAAGAGUUUGAGCGAAGGAAGAAAGCACGGCAAGUGAAUGUUUCAACCGAUGAUUCUGAAGUUAAAAAGAAUCUCCGUCAAUUGGGUGAACCUAUUUGUCUGUUCGGAGAGGGUCCUGCUGAGAGGAGGAGCCGUUUAAGGGAUUUGUUAUCCAGGCUAGGAGAGGAUGCUAUACAGAGGAAACAAGAGGAAGAAGAGGAGAGGAUCCAGCAGGAGAAGGAUCAAGAGACUACUUGGUACCAUGAGGGUCCGGACAUAUUAAAAGAUUCUCGACUUUGGAUUGCAGAGUACUCUCUACCGAGGGCGAGACAGCGGCUGCUCGCAGCCCAUGAGGAGGCCCAGCUACCAGAAGCCACUGUGACUGCCAGAAAACAGGAACUGCAGAAAUUCAUUACUUCGCUCACCAUCUACUGCAGUCAGAUUGGGGACACCCGGCCUCUGUCAUACUGCAACUUCAGUCCUGACUCCUCCAUGCUGGCUACUGCCUCCUGGAGUGGAUUAUGCAAACUUUGGUCUGUUCCCGACUGUGAACUGGUCCGCACGUUUAAGGGCCACACCUGUAAUGUGGGCGCAAUUGUGUUCCAUCCACGAGUUGGGCAGGAAGAAACCCUGUGUGCGCUAGCCUCGUGUGCAGUUGACGGGUCAGUCAAACUCUGGAAACUGGACAGUGAGGACCCACUGGCAGACAUUGAAGGCCAUGAACCACAUAGAGUUUCCCGGAUAGAGUUCCAUCCCUCCGGCCGUUUCCUGGGCACCUGCUGCUUCGACCAUUCUUGGCGUUUGUGGGACCUGGAGGUGGGCCAGGAGGUGCUCCACCAGGAGGGUCAUGGCAAACCAGUCUACUGCAUCUCUUUUCAGUCUGAUGGCUCAGUUGCCGCCACUGGAGGAAUGGAUGCAUUUGGUCGUGUGUGGGACCUAAGAACAGGCCGCUGCAUCAUGUUCAUGGAAGGUCACCUCAAAGCUGUCUAUGGGAUUGACUUCUCACCAGAUGGGUAUCACAUAGCAACGGGCAGUGAGGACAAUACUUGUAGAGUAUGGGACUUGCGUAAACGAGCCUGUGUCUACACAAUACCAGCACACAUGAAUCUGCUGAGUCAUGUGAAGUAUCAGAGGUCAGGAGGACACUUCCUCAUCACUUCCUCUUAUGAUAACACUGCCAAGGUUUGGUCCAACAAGACUUGGCAGUCACUCAAAACUCUGCAAGGUCACGAUGGCAAGGUUAUGUGUCUUGACAUCACCCCAGACUCCAAGUAUAUUGCUACCUGUUCAUAUGACCGGACAUUUAAGCUAUGGGCACCUGAAUAAUAUUUUAUCAGUAAUUAAAUAUUUUUUAUGAACUAA